AUGGGCUAUCCCGGAAAAGAACGACAGCAGCAGCUUCGCGCUGCGAAAGGCGCAAAGGGAAAGAAGGUUAUCAGAGAAGAGAGACGUGCGGCUCGAGCUGGUAGUUCUCAAGGCUCUUCUUCUUCUUCUGCAACGGGUCCAUCAUUCGGUGCCGCGACUGCUGACUUCUCGGCGCAGCAAAAACUGGUGUUUCGUCCUCGAGUUACAGCCACCGAUUCUGCUGCAUCGACCUCUGCUGCUAGUGCUGCUGCCCCCUCAACCAACCAAGCCCCACUAGCCGAUGAUGCCUCUCGCUCGCAUGCUGCAUCUCAACAACCCUUCGCCGCUAGAAUCGCUGCUGUCGCAGCACGACGUACUGGUGGUCGCCACCACAGACGAAGUCGAGUUCCGAACGAGAAGGAACGCUUGUCUCGCCGUAGUGUAUUUCAAGAUCUUACCGCUGUUCCUUUGGCUGCACUUGGCCUCGGUCACAAUCUUGGGGGGUCUGUCGCUGCUGAUAUAGUCGGAAAUUGGCCUUCAGAGGUUCUUGGGGAGGAGCUUCUUGGUAGUGAUGAUGAAGAGGAAGAGGACAUGGAAGAUGAUGAUGAUGGAUCAGAAGAUAUAGAGGAUGAUGAUGACGAGGAGAUGGCAGACGUAGGAUAUGACUCGGAUAUUUACGACAGUGAUGGAAACGAGUAG